AUGUCCAACGACAACCGCAUGUAUGUCAUGGGUGGCACAGCGGACACACCGCCUGCGUUCGACUUCAACUUUUUCGAUGCUACGGCUCUCGCUUGGAGUGGUCAAUUCUUUGCCACUGGUGCAGUCCCGGAAUCACGCUUCCAGCACACAGCCGUGUUGAUCGGCGAUUGCAUAUACAUUUAUGGCGGCCGUUAUGAUUCGACGACCUAUGCGCAUAUGUAUUGCUUCAACAUCCAG